AUGGCUGAUAACAAAUUAUACGAACUUCUGGGUGUCGGUAGAAAUGCCACAGAGACCGACCUCAAGAAGGCUUACAGAAAGCUGGCAAAGGAAUAUCACCCAGACAAGAACCCAGAUGCAGGUGAAAAGUUUAAAGAGAUCAGCUUUGCAUAUGAAGUGUUGUCCAACCCUGAGAAGAGAGAGGUUUAUGACAGACAUGGAAUUGAUGGAAUUAAGGAAGGCGGAGGUUCAGGUGGUGGAUUUGGCGGAGCCAGCAUGUUUGAAGAUCUGUUUGGAGGGUUUUUUGGAUUUCCUGGAUCCGGAUCUGGAUCAGGAAUGGGCGGCAACAGACGAAGGCGGGGGGAAGACACACUCCAUCCGUUAAGAGUAUCGCUGGAAGACCUGUACAAUGGAAAGACAGCCAAGCUACAACUGAGUAAAACAGUUUUGUGUAAAAAAUGCAGUGGCGUGGGUGGGAAAAGUGGUGCAAAUCAGCGGUGCAAAAAGUGUAAUGGUCGUGGUGUGCAAGUACAGCUGCGGCAGUUAGGACCAGGCAUGGUACAACAGCUUCAAAGUAUAUGUUCUGAAUGCCAUGGAGAAGGAGAGGUCAUCAGAGAAAAAGAUAGAUGUGUAGAGUGUAAAGGGAAGAAAGUAUGCAGUGAGACCAAGAUACUAGAGGUCCAUGUUGACAAGGGGAUGAAGGAUGGCCAAAGGAUUCCUUUCAGGGGUGAAGGUGACCAGCAGCCCGGUGUGGAGCCAGGUGACGUAGUAAUCAUUCUGCAGCAGAAAGAACAUGAACUCUUCACGAGAAAGGACUCUGAUUUGAUUAUGGAGCGCAGUAUAUCUCUGACAGAGGCUCUCUGUGGCUUUCAUUUUGUGAUCAAACACUUGGAUGGGCGUGAUAUAGUGAUACGUAACCAGCCUGGCGAGAUCAUAUCUCCAGGAAAACUGAAAAUGGUGCCUGAAGAGGGAAUGCCACAGUAUAAGAACCCCUAUGAAAAGGGCAACUUGUAUAUAAACUUUAGCAUUGAUUUUCCUGAGAGGAAUUUUGCUAGUGAAGAUAAACUGAAGCUAUUGGAGACACUUUUGCCUCCUCGCCCACGUGUGGAGAUUCCCACAGGUGAACAUGUGGAGGAAGUUGAUCUGAUCGAGUUUGAUGGCAGUAAAAACUUCCACGGCUCUGGUUCUAGAGUCGAAGCAUAUCAUGAAGAUGGAGACGAAGAUGGGCAUGGAGGACAAUCGCGAAUGCAGUGUCAACAUCAAUAA